AUGAUUAAACUAAAUGCUAGAGAAUUGGCAAAGAAAAGUUGUGAUUGGGAAUUGGAUACUUUGCUUGGUGAACUGUCAGCUCUCGAAUUGCAACUCACAGAUGGCGGAGAUCAGGCUUUACUUGGCCUUCCAACUCUGCCGACUUCCAUUUCACGUGAAAGUAGUGUAAAUCAAAGUAAACGUAAUAGUAUCCAUUUGUCAGCACGAAGUGACACUAAAAGGUAUGGUAGUCAUCAUAUGCAUGCUCAACACUCAUAUUCAUUUCAAGAUAAUCUCGUACAUAAUUCAAGCACGACAGCUGGAAUUCCGAUGGAUUGUCCCAGUCCCGAUCGAGAUUCCGCGUUUGGAGACUCCUCCAGUACUGAAUCCAGAAAUAACAAUCGAAAUUGCAGGAAUUCUGCUAUUUCUUGUUCAGAUAGCUGUCGUGGUUCGCUCAACACUCCAAGUCCCACGCAACAGGCUUCUCCAAAUCGAACAUCAUUAAAUCCAGUGAUAGACACAUCUCAACUUCAGUCAUCAAUCCCACGUCCACUUACGGCUAAUGAAAUCAAAGCAGCUAAGAUUCGAGAAGCUUUGGAAAAGAUGCGUGAAGCAAAUAUCAAAAAAAUUUACGUAAAAUUUUUCAUCGAUGAUGGCUCGUCAACUGUUUCUUUGCUUAUUGACGAGAGAUGGACAGUGGCUGAAUGCAUUCGAAGAAUUGCGACUAAAUUAAAUAUUGCCUUAAGUGAGCAUCACACAAUUGUUGAGGAAUAUGCCGAACUUUACAUAAAGAGAAUUUAUGAAGAUCACGAAUAUCUAGUUGAAAAUAUCAUGAUGUGGACGCUGAAUUCUCAAAAUAAGUUAUAUUUUACGAGACGGUUGGAUAAGUAUUCGUUUCUUGACAGACCCGAAGAAUUCUUAAUUACUGAGAGGAAUAUCGACACUUUGGUUCAUGGUCCACCCUCACCGAACACCAAGAAACGAGUAAUUAAAGCGGAAAAAUAA